GGAGAUAAACAAAUUACCAAAAAUAUUGUUAAAUUUUUGUCCAUGAUUGCAUUAUGCCUCGUACUGCAAGUCCGUCCAGGCAUUCUUCAAAGAGAAGAAGAUCUCAUUCACGAGAGUAUCGUGAUUACAAACAGCGUAAAACAUCUCCAGGCCCCAGCACUUCACAGCCAGAAACCGAAUUCAGUUACGAAAACUUUAAGCGCACUUUGAAUAAGAUAAUUCUAUACAGUAAUGAAAGUAAUACAGUGGCAAAUAGUUUAGAUGACUUCUGGGUAUUUGUUAAAAAGUACGAAGCGACGUUGAAAAAGGCGGGUAAGCCUAUACUUGAAUAUCAAACUGAAGAAAAACAUUUUUCUAAGUUUAACUGCAUCAACUUUAACACUAAGUUAAAAUAUGUUGAUGUUGCUCAUGAUGAAAAAGAGAGGAGAAAAAUGGAUAAGAAAACAUUUGAAGCGUUUCUGAACGUAGUGUCAAUUUAUUUGGACUUUAAGAAUAAGGAGAAAUUUGAAAAGCUAAGGAAAUUAAGGCAGGCUCAGAGGGAUUUGCCAGUAGCUAAAUAUAGGCAAGAAAUAAUAACAGCAGUACAGAAUGAAAAGGUAGUUAUUGUUGCCGGAGACACUGGCUGUGGGAAGUCCACACAGGUGCCGCAGUAUCUACAUGAAGCUGGCUUCCAAAAUAUAGCUUGCACUCAACCAAGGAGAAUAGCCUGCAUAUCUCUGUCAAAACGAGUAGCAUUUGAAACUCUGAGCCAAUUCCAGAGCAAAGUUGGUUACCAAAUCAGAUUUGAAAAGAGCAAGACAGCAGACACAAAGAUAAGUUUCAUCACUGAAGGAUUACUGCUCAGACAAAUGUCAUCGGAAAACCUGCCAAGCUACGACGUGAUUAUACUAGACGAGAUUCACGAAAGGCACUUAAUGGGUGACUUCCUGUUGGGUGUGCUGAAGUGCCUGAUACACAGUCGGACAGACAUCAAGCUGGUGCUUAUGUCCGCUACUAUCAAUAUUAAGCUGUUUGAGGAUUAUUUUUCUGCUGAAUCAGCUGUUGUCAUACAGGUACCAGGUAGAUUGUUUCCAAUAGAAUUGCAGUACAAGCCGAUAUUUAUUGAAGAUAAACCUACGCGAGAAGACAGACUCGACCCUCAGCCUUACGUUCAAAUAAUGCAGCUGAUUGACAACAAAUAUCCUAGUGACGAGAGAGGAGACCUUUUGAUUUUCAUGUCUGGCGUACAAGAAAUAACAGCGAUUUGCGACGCGGCACAACAGUAUACCGAGAAAACGAAGAAAUGGAUCGUACUUCCUUUACAUAGUGGCUUGUCUAUUGCCGAACAAGAUAAGGUGUUCGAUUAUCCACCAGAGGGCGUCCGAAAGUGUAUCGUGUCUACCAACAUCGCCGAAACAUCUGUCACUAUCGAUGGAAUUAGAUUCGUCGUUGAUUCUGGAAAGGUUAAAGAAAUGAGCUACGAUUCAACCACAAAAAUGCAGCGAUUGAAAGAGUUCUGGAUAUCUCAAGCGAGCGCGGAUCAGAGGAAAGGCAGAGCCGGAAGGACAGGCCCCGGCGUCUGCUAUCGCGUAUACUCCGAGAAACAAUACAACGAGAUGGACCCAUUCAGCACACCCGAAGUAUCCCGCGUACCGCUCGCCUCCUUACUACUCCUCAUGAGCUCGCUCGGCGUGAGCGACGUCAGGAGGUUUCCAUUUGUCGAUGCUCCACCCGAACAAGCUAUAGAGAAUGCUCUAUUAGAACUAAAGCAACAUGGCGCCCUAACAGCCAAUGAAAAACUCACGGCACUAGGUCGAGCAUUGGCCAACUUGCCCGUCGAAGUCUCCUUAGCCAAAGCCUUAGUGAUAGGCAGCGCUACAUUACCACCACAUAAACGAGAUUCUGCUCUCGCCCUGGCCGCUGCUUUAGGCAUAAGGUCGAUAUUUACUACAAGAGCGCAUAGGGAUUUUGAAUGCGAGAACGCAAGAAAACCUGACGAGUCUGACCACGGGGAUCCGUUAACUCUACUAUCACUAUAUUGUUCGUGGCUCGGUGAGAAGGCUCGUGGUGGCGGCCGCGCCUGGUGCCGCCGUCGCGGUGUGGAGGAGCAACGCCUGUACGAAUUGACCAAGCUGGCUGCGCAACUUAGAAGCCUUUUACAAGACAACAAUUUAAUGGAGACACCAGAACCGGAAUCAAUGUCUUCCGCUGAAAGGUCGCUAAGGCACGGUCAGAUGAAACAAUUGAAAAAUAUGAGAAGGCAAUAUAAACAAAAGGCGGCCGAAGAGCAGAAACGCAAGAAACGCCUCAAAGUGGACUCAUGGGAGAUAGUCGACGAAAACGCAGACGAAGACAAUUCCUUAGACAUUAGGGACAUAGAGUUCCGCAUGACCAACGACGCACAGCGGAUACAUUCGCUCAUAAGCGGAGCGAGCGCGAGCAGCGGGCGGGACCUUAUCACUUUGAAGGUGGUGUUAUGCCGAGCACUGUACCCUCAAAUAGCAGUUGCAGACGAAUUUAAUCACUGCAAGUCAGUAUCCGAGCAACUAUACCACACGUGGAGCAAGCCCUUCGUAUUCCUACACCCUACGUCGUUCUUCGGCAAACAGCCGAGGAUGCUUCAGCUGAGCGAGGCCGACAUCCAGACAGAGCUGCCCGCUGGCUUUAAAAGCAAACUGCCUGUCUCCUCUAAACACCAGAUACUGUGUUACUUAUCGCUACUAGAAACGACGAAGCCAUACAUCGUGAACUCCAUGAGAAUGCCCGCCGCUCAAACCCUGCUGCUGUUGGCUCAUUCCAUCGACACCAAUAUCGGCUUUAGUAGAAUCGUGUGUGACUCAUGGUUGUUACUGGAGUUCCCGUACCCAGAGACGGGACUGAAUCUUCUCUUGAAAGCCGCUAAGCUACGACAGCGGUGGGACGCUCUGAUCAACAGGCGAUUGGCGGAUGCAAAUCCAGACAAAUCAGUUGAAUCAGAAUUGAAGAAGCAACCAAAACUGAACUACGAGCAGCUACAACACGACCUGUCAUGCGAUCUCAGUUCUUACAUGUCCAGCGAAGUUUAUUACACUAUAAAGAGGUUGCUACCAGGUGAUCUGAAGGUGUUGUACUAUGGACCUGACGAAGCUCACCCGAAUAUCGACCCUAACCCGUUCGAAGAAGGUUACGAAUGCCAUGCGCAUGAAAAGAAGGGAGGCGUAUAUGUGACGGAUAACAUUGUUUAUAAUUGCGUGGUAGACAACGACUGGAGUUACACCAGCUACCAAGAAUCCUACAACAUCCCCUGGUCCUGCCCUAACUGCGGUAUUUCCGUCUGUCUGUCCCCCUUAGAAAAACUACAACACACACAGUUCACAUGCUCACUCAAAACUGAGGUCAAAACUGAAGCACCUACGACCUCUAGGGAAAAUAAACCAAAUGCUAGGGAAUAUCUGUGUGAAAGUUGCGAGGAAACUUUGUAUAUGACGGCGGUGGAGAUAUUGAAACAUAAGAAGAGUUGUAUAAAGAAAUAAAACUGUAAA